CUUGGCCUCAGGAUGCCCCUUCUCGUGCGGCGGGUAUGGUCGGGAAAGGCCAGACCCAGGUCUACCUUCUUGAAUCCCUGCCUGAUGGGAAGGGACUGUCUGUUGAGAAAGAGAGGACAUCUGUGCUCCUGACAACCUAAUUCCAGAAUUUCAAGACAUAUGCUGGGCUAACUCUGGGGCCAUGAUGUUGCCUGAUUCUUCUGUACUAUGAGAGCAAGUCUGGGAGAAGAUUUUGCCUUCAGAGAAUGAGAAAGAUAUGGAGACCAUGAAGAAAUUGUCUCAAAAUAAUAAGGCAAAAGGUUUGCAUUCUAAUUAUAUUUACUGGCCCCAAGAGAAGGGAAGGGCCCAAGUGCUGGCACCAGUUACAUUUAGGGAUGUAGCUGUGAUCUUCACAGAGGCAGAAUGGAAGAGAUUGAGCAUGGAGCAGAAGAACCUCUAUAAAGAAGUGAUGCUGGAGAAUUACAGCAAUCUGCUUUCGUUGGCAGAACCAAACCCAGAAAUCUAUCCUUGUUCCUCCUGUCUUCUGGCCUUCUCCUGUCAGCAGUUCCUCAGCCAACAUGUGUUUCGGAUCUUCCUGGGCUUAUGUGCAGAUCAUCAUCCAGGGAAUUCCAGACCAGGGCAUCAGGAACAGCAGGAGCAGCAGUAUUCUGAUCAAAGCUGCUGCAGUAAAAAGACAGAUCAAGAGGAAGAAGCUGGCUCUAAACUUUUGUCUGCAAAGACAGAGGAGAGAGAGACCUCAAGGGCAUCCUGUAGCCCACUCCAAGGACAGUCAGCAAGUCCUAGAGAAGGCAAUGUGGUGGUGGAAGCAGAGCGCAUCUCAGCCCAAAGAGUAAACCUAGUGCAAUCAGACAGAGGAUCAAAGGAAUUAGACACCUUAAGAUUUGGAGCAGUCAACUGUAGAGAGUUUGAAUCAGACUGUAACUUGGAAUCAAACUUUAUUACAAACCCAAGGGUACUCUUCCGGGAGAAGCCCUAUGUUUGCAGUGAUUGUGGGCCAGGCUUUAAAGACAGGUCAAUCCUUAUCAGACACCAUUGGACACAGUCAGUGGAGAAGCCUUAUGUGUGCGGUGAGUGUGGCCGAGGCUUUAGCCAGAUGUCUGUCCUUAUUAACUGCCAAAGGACACACACGGGUGAGAAGCCAUAUGAGUGCAGUGAGUGUGGGCGAGGCUUUAGCCAAAAGUCCAACCUCACCAGACACCGGCGAACACAUUCAGAAGAAAAGCCUUAUUUGUGCAGAGAAUGUGGGCAAAGCUUUAGAAAUAAGUCCAUCCUCAGUAGACAUCAGUGGACUCACUCAGGGGAGAAGCCCUAUAUGUGCAGUGAGUGUGAGCGAGGCUUUAGCCAGAAGUCAUCCUUCAUCAGACACCAGAGAACACACUCAGGUGAGAAACCCUACAUUUGCCUGGAAUGUGGACGAGGCUUUAGUGAUAAGUCAACCCUCAGAAAACAUCAGAGGACGCACUCAGGGGACAAGCCUUAUGUUUGCAGGGAGUGCAGGCGAGGCUUUAGCCAAAAGUCAAACCUGAUUAGACACCAGAGGACACAUUCAAAUGAAAAGCCUUACAUUUGUAGGGAAUGUGGGAGGGGCUUUUGUGACAAGUCAAACCUCAUUGUGCAUGAGAGGAUGCACUCAGGAGAGAAGCCUUACACGUGCAGUGAGUGUGGCCGAGGCUUUAGCCGAAAGUCCCUCCUCCUCGUCCACCAGAGGACGCACUCAGGGGAGAAGCAUUAUGUUUGCAGGGAGUGUGGGCGAGGCUAUAGCCAAAAGUCAAACCUGAUUAGACACCAGAGGACACAUGCUAAUGAAAAGCCUUAUGUUUGUGGGGAAUGUGGGAGGGGCUUUUGUGACAAGUCAGCCCUCAUUGUGCAUGAGAGGACACACUCAGGAGAGAAGCCUUACAUUCGCCGAGGCCUUACAAGUGCCAAGUCUGACCGUGGCCGAGGCUCUAGCCAGAAGUCACUCCUUGUCUCCCAGAGGACACACUCAGGGGAGAAGUGGUACGUUUGCAGGGAGUGUGGGCGAGGCUUUGGCUACAAGUCCAAUCUCAUCAGACAUCAGAGGACACACUGAAGGGAGAAGCCUUGUAUAUGCAGGGUAUAUGCAGGGGUCGUGGGCAGACUUGAGCAGUCAGACUUUAUGCUACACCAGAGAGAGACACAGGGAGUAGUUCCCACGUGUGCCCGGUGUGAGUGAAGUUUCAGAGAUGUGUCACCCGCAUCAAGCACUGAGGGACAUGUACAGGGGAGGAGCCUGUGGCCAUAAGUCACCCUCCAGCAUGCACGAAAGGACACACUUGGGACAAAUUUGUAUGUGCAGGGACUGUGGGUGAGGCUUCAGCAAUGAGUCAACAUUUAUUGAAAGUCUAGUGGCAGAUGCUGGGAAAAGUGUCAACAUUUUCAGGGAGUGUGUGAGCCUCCAUGAAAGAACAGUCAGGCACAAGAUGGUGCACUUAGGAAGAGUCUUUAUUUGCAGAGAGUAUGGGCAUGACAG